AUGGGCAUCUUGGGGCGCUAUGAUGAUGCCACAGAUCAGCUGGUGCCUGCUGCAAGAGGGCGGGUUUGGCGUUACGAUGACUCCUCUGAUUCUCAAGGGGGUUCUCCUUCGGACUCUUCGGGUGAAUCAAAUUCAGAUUCAGAGUCCAGCUCAACUUCCACCUCUGAACAAUCUGGAAGUGGAGAGGUUGCAGUGAAGCUAGGGGCGCUUCAAGUGCUGCAUGCCAAGGGAGAAACAGCUGAUGCAUCUUCCUAUGCUUUGAAUGGGCAGGAUGGUAGCAGGUUGCGGAAGCUUGUCGAGAACCCGGGGUGCUCCUGCGGCUGCGCAAUACCGUUCAAGGUCAUUGCCAAAGUAUGUGCUUCGUUUUGGGGUCUUCCCAAAGAGGCACAAGAUGCCUUCCUUUGGUCACUACAGAUUGAAGCAGGUAGGGGUCACAAAAACAAGUUUAGCAUCGAAGGAUAUCCAGUCUGUAGAUCAACCUGGCUGAAAUUUAUGGGCAUCGGCAAACAGCGUUUACAAAGAACCAAGAAACGAUUCCGCGGUGUUGACGACCGAACAUUGGUUCCAAGUGGAAAUGCAGGGCGGUCGCACCAAAGCACAUCUGUUCACGGCUUCUUCAGUCAUAUCUGGUGGACAGCUGCAGAAUCUAUGCCGGUUCAGUUUCAAUCAUCAGGCGCAACAGCACUAUCGCAAAGCGAUGAACACCUUCGUGAAGAAAUGUUGAAGAAGUUGAUUGAACACAAGCUCUUGGGUCCAAGUCGUCAAGUCAUGGAGCUGAAGCCAGACUCAUUACCAUUACGUGAACUCCCCCCCGGCAACACAUCUUCAUUGUUUUUGAUGUACCUGGCCUACAUGCGACCAUCUGGAGUUGCACCCGCUUCUAAAUCAACAUUUUACGAAGUUGCCAAAGAGUGGCGGGUUUGUCUUCGCUUCAGGCGGCAAUCAGAGCAUUCUAUGUGCGUAGUGUGCCAAACCCUGAAAGCUUCAAUCCAUGAUGCAACAGAUUUCGCAUUGCAUGCCCAGAAGUGCCAAGAGCUGCUGGCCCACUACACGGCACAGUGGCGCGACCGUGAAGUGUACUGGUCCGCUAGAGAUCGGAGUUCCCAGGUUGGUGACCUUCUGACAUGCAUUGUUGACUCCUUUGACAGAUCCAAGCUGUACCUACCGAAGUUCCCAUACAACAGGGUGCCAAAGCGGCCAGUGUACCAAACAUGCUUGAGAGUGUCGCUCACAUUGACGGCAGUCUUGUGCCAUGGGCAGGGCUGUUGGAUGUAUUUGGCUGCCGCUGAGGGAAUUGGGUGCGGCUCAAGUUGGAAUUGGGAAUGUGUGAUGCGAUCAUUGGAAAAGGUGUGGGUCAGGACCAGAGCCAAGAGCUCUCCAUUUCCUGCAGAGUUCUGGCUACAGUGUGACAACACCGUAAAGGAAUUCCGGAAUCAAUAUGGAUCCCGCGUACUAUCUGCAUUGGCCCAGGGAAGCUACUUUGCAUCCUGCACUGAAGCCCACCUUCGGGUGGGUCACACUCACGAAGAUAUAGAUGCCCUGUUCAGCAUAGUGACCUCAGCUAUACGAUCAGCGCCAGCAAGCUCCUUGCAAACACCCAGGGAUUUGCAGAGGUUGAUAGAUGCCCGAAUGUCUCCAAUUUUCGCUGCAAAAAAUCUAGCUUGGGGCAUUGAGAUCAUGGAUACUGUCAGAGAUUGGGUUUCCUUUGUGCCAGACCGGGUUACCUUUCGAAAUGCUUUCCGUGCCCGGAAACUCAAGUAUGGCCAUGAUGAUGAUGAGGAUCCUCGGAAGCCACUUCCCCAAACGUUCACCUUUGUACCACGAACAGGGCUUCCUGAUCAAGGGCAAGGGCUUGAACUUUCACAGCGUGUCCCUCGUGAUAUGAGGGCUCCUGACCAUGGGAGGUCUCCAGAUGAUGUUUUUUGCUUGGUGAAGGAGUCGAUGGCAGCAAGAUCAUUGUCACAAAUACCAUUGCUAGUGUUUCCAGCAAGCCUUUUGCCUUCGACCCAGCAGUGCUUUUUGGAUGCAAACAGUGCAAGGUGCCCAUUGCGAUCAUGGAAAAUUCAGGCUGAAAGAUGGGAUGAGCUGCGCGCCCUUAGACGUGCCAUCCAAUUUGACUUCCCGCACCUUGCCAGGGCGGCGGGGUGGUAUGAGCAGCUUCUCGUCACUCCAGAGGCAACGCCACAAUUUGAUCGGGUUCCUCAAUUGUCGUUUUUGAGGCAUGCAUCUGCCCGUCAACAGGACUGGCAUGCGUUUCAGUUGCGGGGCAACCCACCGGCUCCGAAGCCACAUGAGCUGCAGGUGGUUUUCCACAGGGCACGCUAA